AUGGCUGCCACUGAUGUCGACAUUCAAGCUGUAGAGCUUCCAGGCACCCGCCGCCCAGGCCAGACCGGCAUUUAUCGCCGCAAGGGUUUCGAAGAUGCCCUGUUGGCCAUCCCUCCUUCCAGGCCCCACAUCAAGACCAUCUACGAUGCCUUCCAGCAUGGAUUAAGAGUGUCGCCCAAUGAGGCUGCUCUAGGUCGCCGCAUCUUUGACCCCGUCACCAAGACAUAUGGAGGCUACAUCUGGCAGACUUACACGGAGGUCGGUGACCGUAUCACUCGUUUCGGAAGUGGACUCGUCAAAAUUCAUCAGGAUGCCUUUGGAUUGUCGCACGUCGCCCAAAAGUUCGCCGUUGGUAUCUGGGCGAUAAACCGACCAGAGUGGACCAUUACCAGUGAAGGUUCGGAAUGGAGGAGCGAAAAGAUGAUAGGAGAAGAUAAUACUGAGCGCGAUGCUUGUUCGGCUUACAAUUUGUUCUCGGUUGGGCUUUACGAUACCCUUGGACCCGAGGCCGUCACUUACGGCAUUAACCACUCGGAGUCUUCGGUUGUCGUCACAAGCGUGGACCAUGUGGCGACUUUGCUGAACGAUGCUGACAAGAUGCCAGGAAUGAAGGUCAUCAUCAGUAUGGACUCGUUCGACGCUGAGAAGCCCCAGCCUGGCGCCACCAACACAGGAUCGAUUCUCAGGACGUAUGCUCAGGACAAGGGCGUUCUGCUCUAUGAUUGGGCCGAGGUCGAGGCCAUUGGGAUCAAGUACGGGCGCAAGCACACGCCCGCCACACCCGAUGACAUUUAUACCAUCUGUUACACGUCGGGAACUACCGGCCUCCCAAAAGGUGCAAUUUUGACCCACAGAAACAUGAAUGCGGUUUUGGCCUCGGCUGACGCCACGACACCCAUGUCGCCUUCGGAUACUUUGAUCAGUUUCUUGCCAUUGCCUCACGUCUUUGGUCGCCUCAUGGAGAUUUUCGCAUUCUCGGCUGGAGGCAGGAUUGGUUACUCGACCGGUGACCAGCUCCGUCUUCUUGAGGAUAUCGGACAACUGAAGCCCACCAUCUUCCCCGCUGUCCCCAGAUUGCUGAACCGUGUCUACGCCAAGGUAUAUGCUGCGACUAUCGAGGCUCCUGGUCUGACUGGUACCUUGGCUCGACGUGGACUUGCCACCAAGUUGGCUAACCUCGAGGCUGGCAAGGGGUUCCUCCACCCACUUUGGGAUCGCAUCCUGUUCUCAAAGGUCAAGCAGGCCAUCGGAGGCAAUGUGCGCCUGAUGUUGACCGCUUCGGCUCCCAUUUCAGCCGAGAUCCUAAGCUUCAUCCGCGUCGCUUUCUGUUGCGAAGUGGUUGAAGCCUACGGGCAGACGGAAGGCUCGGGAGCGGCAACGAAUACGAACUCGAACGAGCGAGUUGCAGGACACGUUGGACCACCGAACGCCUGUAAUGAGAUCAAGCUGGUCGACGUCCCCGAGUUGAACUACUUUGCAACCGACAAACCCCACCCUCGUGGAGAGAUCUGUGUCCGUGGACCGAGUGUUAUUCCUGGAUACCUCAAGGAUGAGGUCAAGACCAAGGAGACCAUUGACGAGGAAGGGUGGUUGCAUUCAGGAGAUAUUGGUAUCAUUGGAUCGAAUGGUGUCAUUACCGUCAUUGACAGGAAGAAGAACGUCUUCAAGCUGAGCCAAGGAGAGUACAUCGCAGCAGAGAACAUCGAGGGCAAGAUCCAGGCGCGUAUCCCCUUUAUCCAGCAGAUCUUGGUCCAUGGAGACUCGACCGAGAGUUGCCUAGUCGCAAUUAUUGUCCCCGAGCCCGACACAUUUGUUCCCUUUGUCAACAAGGUCCUCGGUGGAGUUAACCUGGCGUUAGAGAAUGUUGCCGAUUACAAGCGGAUCUGCUCUGACCCUAAGUUACGUCAGGUCGUUCUUCAGGAACUUAACAAGGUUGCCAAGGAUAUCGGCUUGAGGGGAUUCGAGAUCCCAAAGGCGAUUUUGAUUGAGCCAGAGGCAUUCACGGUCGAGAACGACAAGAUGACACCCACGUUCAAGAUCAAGCGCCACCCCGUCGUCCAAGAGUACCGUGAGCGAUUGAACACCCUCUAUGCCGAGCUCCGUUCUAAGGAGUCCAAGCUCUAA